CAACAAAAAAUACUACAAUCAUUCCUCUACAUCUAGAAUCUUAACUCUUCAUAUCAUACAUCAAGAAUAUGAGUACCACAAAGUUUGGUUUUUCUUUUGUCAUGAGUUUCAUGGGCAUAACUCUGGCCUUCUUAAUCCAUUUUUCUCAAGCCCAAAACACUCCACAAGAUUAUCUUGCAGCUCAUAAUGCAGCUAGGGGAAAUGUAAGCGUCGGUAUGGUGACUUGGGACAAUAACCUCGCAACUUAUGCCAUGAAUUAUGCAAAACAAAGAGCUGGAGAUUGUAAACUCAUCCAUUCAGAUGGACCUUAUGGUGAGAACAUUGCUUGGGGUAGUACUUCUACCUUCACCGCGGUAGAGCUGGUAAAGCUUUGGAUUGCAGAGAAAUCGUAUUACAACUAUGGAGCAAAUACGUGUAACACGGGGAAAGAAUGUGGGCAUUACACCCAGAUAGUUUGGAGAGAAUCUGUUCGUGUGGGUUGUGCUAGAAUAGUGUGCGCAACUGGUGGUACGUUCGUUGUUUGCGAAUACGAUCCUCCAGGUAACUGGGACGGUGAAUACCCUUACUAAUGAAGCAACCCAAUAAAUCUCUUGAAAGUCAUCAUUUGCGCUAAUUGAUGAUCUCCUAAUUAACUAGAUUUCAUUUUUUUAACCCAAUCGGUAACGCACGAUGGAUAGUUUGAUCGAGCGUGUAGCUCCCCAUCCAUCUGGCUAAACCAAUUAUACACUCCGAGAUAUUUUUCGUUUUCUUAUGAAUAUUUUA